AGGUCCUGAGCAUUUUAAAGAGGGAUCUUAACAGAGACAGUACGAGCUAGGAUGGCCGGUAAACAGCAUCCCCCCUAUCUGAGCCUGGCUGAACUCACCGCCUCCCAGUUCUUGGAAAUCUGGAAGCAUUAUGAUGCAGACGGGAAUGGCUACAUUGAAGGGAAAGAGCUGGAGAACUUCAUUCGGGAACUGCAGCGAGUGAGGAGAGGGGCUGGUGUGGAGAUACAGAUGAAAGAAUUUAUGGAAAAAUAUGACAAGAAUGCAGAUGGCAGGAUUGAGAUUGCAGAGCUGGCUCAGAUACUUCCAACAGAAGAGAACUUCCUCUUAUGUUUCCGACAGUGCGUACGGUCCAGUGUGGAGUUUAUGGAGACUUGGAGGAAAUACGAUGCAGACUGUAGUGGAUACAUCGAAGCAAAUGAACUGAAGAGCUUCUUACUGGAUUUGUUAAAGAAGGCAAACAGACACUACGAUGACAAGAAGUUACAGGAGUACACACAGACCAUACUGAAAAUAUUUGAUGCAAACGGAGAUGGAAAGCUGGGCCUUUCAGAAAUGGCACGUUUAUUACCUGUUCAGGAGAACUUCUUGCUGAGGUUUCAGGAUUGCCAAGGAUCGAAGGGGAUGAAGUUGAGUGCAGAGGAGUUCAAUGCAAUAUUCACAUUUUAUGACAGGGAUGGAAAUGGCUAUAUCGAUAGUAAUGAGCUGGAUGCACUACUGAAAGAUUUAUAUGAGAAAAACAAAAAGGAGAUGGAUAUUAAGAAACUGACUGCAUACAAGAAAAAUAUCUUGUCUCUCUCGCAUGGUGGGAAGCUAUAUCGACGGGAGCUGGAAAUGAUUUUGUGCACAGAGCCACUGUAGGGAAUUCCUCUUCAACAAAGAACGUGCUCCACCCUACGCCAUUCAGUCCACACCCUCACCUCACCUCACCCAACAUCACUCCACCCCAGCGCAUGUGCAGGGUGUCCUAAAAACCACAAAUGUGCUAGUAUUGCAGAUUAAGAAAUGUCACUAAGGGACAGGCAUCAAAGCUGAGGUGUGAACUCACUCAUAAUGGCUGUCCAUUAUUUUCUAUAUAUCUCCCUUUGCUCAGCAUUUUAAAGCAACAGAUAAUAUAUUAGAUACAUAUAUAUAUAUAUAUAUAUACAGAAUAUGUAUAGAAGUAUUUUGAGUCUUGGUAAAUGCUGUUGUUUGCCAAAGAUAAGCCUGAGAUUUACAGCAGAAAGCCAGUUAUCCAAAAGACAAUUAAUUGAAGUCAUUUUAAUUUGCUACUCUGCUCUUUUUACCCAGUUGUCCUGGCUGCAGUGACUCCAGAAUUCACAUAGUGUUCCUAAUGCAAACCACAAACCUAGAAGUUGAGAUCUAUCCAUAAGGGUGUGCAUGGGGAACUCAACGGAUUUUUGUAUUGGCCAUCCUGGAUUUUCUCUGUUUUCCCGUGAGGAGUCACCUGGUUUGCUUCAGACUCCCCCUAAAUGGCUCACUGAGACAAAAGAUUUCAAAACCAGAGAGUGGGGGAUCACAAACUACAGUAAGUUCAGAAUCAGGAGGUACCUCUUAAAAGACUAAUAAUUUUGACAGUAAGUUACCAGGGCAAGGCACAGUAGCAGAUGGAUUGAAAACAAUUGUUAGAAAAUGAGAAAAUAGCAGUGUAACGAUGAGGCAGGGCAGGAAAAUACCUGAUCUGUUGGACAGAAUGCUCUGACUGUUUUUCUAAACAAGGCAGGAGGAAGAAACAGCAAGAAAUAGUUGGGCUAUAUUCACAGCUACAGUCUCCUAAAUAGAAUGUGGUAUCUGGCACCCACAAACCUCAUGGAGGUUUCUUGUGGUAUAGACACGUUAACACCUGGUACUUUAAAUAUAACCAUUACAGUUGGUCAGAAAAGUUCAGCGAUAUAAAUGUAAUCAUUACAGUCUGUCAGCGGUCAGAGAUAUAAAUAUAAUCAUUACAGUCUGUCAGGGGUCAGAGAUAUAAAUAUAAUCAAUACAGUCUGUCAGGGGUCAGAGAUAUAAAUGUAAUCAUUACAGUCUGUCAGGGGUCAGAGAUAUAAAUGUAAUCAUUAUAGUCUGUCAGGGGUCAGAGAUAUAAAUAUAAUCAUUACAGUCUGUCAGGGGCCAGAGAUAUCAAUAUACCCAUUACAGUCUGUCAGAUAUCAGUGAUGUAAAUAUAAUUAUUACAUCCUGUCAGGGAUGUAACUAGAACCAGUAAAGUAUGUCAGAGAUCAUUGAUAUUAAUUUAACCAUUACAGUCUGUUAGAAGUCAAAGAUGUAAAUAGGAUCAUUAUAUUGUUUCAGAAGUGUAAAUAUGAUCAUUACAUUGUCAGAGGCCAGUAAUAUAACAUGACCAUUAGUCUGUUAGGAAAACAAAUAUACCCAUUACAGUCUGUCAAGGGUCAGAGAUAUAACUAUAACUAGUACAGUCUGUCAGGGGUCAGAGAUAUAAAUAUAACUAGUACAGUCUGUCAGGGGUCAGAGAUAUAAAUAUAACUAGUACAGUCUGUCAGGGGUCAAAGAUAUAGAUAUAACUAGUACAGCCUGUCAGGGGUCAGAGAUAUAGAUAUACCCAGUACAGUCUGUCAGGGGUCAGAGAUAUAGCUAUAACCAGUACAGUCUGUCAGGGGUCAGAGAUAUAACUAUAACCAGUACAGUCUGUCAGGGGUCAGAGAUAUAGAAAUAACUAGUACAGUCUGUCAGGGGUCAGAGAUAUAACUAUAACUAGUACAGUCUGUCAGGGGUCAGAGAUAUAACUAUAACUAGUACAGUCUGUCAGGGGUCAGAGAUAUAGAUAUAACUAGUACAGUCUGUCAGGGGUCAGAGAUAUAACUAUAACCAGUACAGUCUGUCAGGGGUCAGAGAUAUAGAAAUAACUAGUACAGUCUGUCAGGGGUCAGAGAUAUAAAUAUAACUAGUACAGCCUGUCAGGGGUCAGAGAUAUAGAUAUACCCAUUACAGUCUGUCAGGGGUCAGAGAUAUAAAUAUAACUAGUACAGCCUGUCAGGGGUCAGAGAUAUAGAUAUACCCAUUACAGUCUGUCAGGGGUCAGAGAUAUAAAUAUAACUAGUACAGCCUGUCAGGGGUCAGAGAUAUAGAUAUAACUAGUACAGUCUGUCAGGGGUCAGAGAUAUAACUAUAACCAGUACAGUCAAACACCAUCUAAUUGGAUGGUUCUAGUUUUAACUAUUCUUUCCAGCCGAUUACUACAAAUGUUGCUGACGCUUUCUGUGACAAUAAACUUUCUGAGAGCAAUUAUAAAUUUGCUCUCUACUAAUUUGAACAUAAAUCCAUUGGUUAUACUCUUGCAAAUUAAGCUACAUUUCUGAAAGUCCCUUUCAAUUUGAUUGCCUGCAGUUCCUGUCUCAGAAUCCUCCCUUUCUGAGUUUCUCUAGUCAUUCCUCAUAAUUCAGACCCCUGACACCGAAGAUUAUUCCUGUGGUUCUCCCACGCACUUUCUUCAACACCUGAUGUUUCAGUUGUGUCUUAGCAACCAGAGUCAGAUGUGAUGUUGAGAUUGUUUGAUUAGUACACCAUACUGCUGAAUCACAGUUUGAGUUAUCUUUGACUGUUUUUCCAGAAUUUAUUACUUAGCCUGUGCAUCAGAGGUUUGGAGCUGCAAAUUAUGUACACAGGAGAUUGGAGGAAUAUUGAGCUGGUUAAUUUACUAUCCACAACUCACUGUGACAAAAUUUGAUAUUUAGCUGAUGGUUUAAAUGGUUCUCAUAAUUCAUGAAUCAUUUCAAAUCUUGGCAUUCUAGUUUCCAGAAUGCUUCCAAAGUUGCUGAUUGCAUUGAUCUACAGCCAUAAACAUGGUAAUUGAGCUGGAAAUGAAAUUGUACCAUGAACUGAGAUACCUGUUACAUUACUGGCUAACUAUAGUUCUUAAAAGACUGACAAAUGACAGAAGGUGAAUCAUAAAAACGCUUUCUGGUGCUCCAGUGAACCACAACCAUUUGGAAGGACUCAGCUUUUGUAUUUGGUCUGUGCUAUUUGCAGCCAAUAUUUGAGUUGGCAAUAUUGAGCUAUGUAGGCUUUGAAACAAAAAGGCAAUAUUCCUACUCUUUACUACUGCCCAGUGACCUCUAAUAGAAAAUGUUUGAGCUUGAAGUACACAAUGAACAAGAUCAGGCUUGUCUGGGAUCUGCCUCAAGAUUAAAUAUCCUGCUAACUCUUGUUGCCAGGUGAAGUGGCAGAGAACUAUCAAUAUCUCUGGCAAUGUGUCAAAGGAACGAUAAGUUCUUACAAUAAGUAGAGACAAUUAAGUUAAAAUUAAACAUCCAAAUUAUACUUUCAACAAACCAUCAUAGUCCGAUAUAACUGGCUUUCUGCUGGCUGCUGAGGUCUUUGUUUUUGCUUGAUUUGUCAGUUGUUUUCAGUUUCUCCCCCUCACCUACUUUUACUAUUUUAUAGGCAGUUGUGAAGCCUCCUGUUUAGAUGAUCUGUUACAUUGCCCAUUCUUUCUAGUGAGUUGUAGUGUUUCUUUCUUAAUCUGUGGCUAUGAAGCAAUGUUGCCCCAAAUCAAUUAAAAACCUUUUAAUUGAACAA